AUGCGCAGACCUUGCAGGGAGGUCGGCGUCCCCUCUGGAGGAGGCCAAGAGCAGCCUGGCCUCUCUGCUCCAGAGGACUUCCACCUGCUGGGCAAGCUGGUGGGGAGACUCCUCCUCUGCUCUGCUCGCGAGGACCAGGGCAUCAGCUGGCGGGCUGCGGAUGCUCUGCACUACCUCUACAGAUUUGCUUGGCAGCGAGAGAGCAAGAAGCUGGCAGGGGACAAUGCAGAGCACCCGCAGCUCCAACAGGAAGGGCAAGCCGAGCACACUGGCUUCUGGCUUGCUUUCUCCAACAGCACCAGCCAUAUAAUCUCGAUCUUUGGGAAAUACCUCCUGCCCUCGGAGAGGACGGACAUCAUCCUCACGGCCAUUGAGGGCAUGAGAGACUCCAGCAUCUUCGACCUGCAGGCAGCUACCAGCAUGCUGGAUGUGGUCCUGAUGGAGCCCACCUCCUGGCUGAAGAACGUGCCCAAGAUCGUGAGGUGCAUCUAUGAAAACCUGAGGUGCAUCAGCACGGGGUCAGCGCGGCACAGCCUGGAUAUACUCCUUCUCCUGCUGACCUACCUGUACCCCAGUGAGGUGGUCAUAAGCCUGCUGAACUGCUCCCCGCCGUGUGACAGCAUUGCCACGACCAUGUGGGAGGUGAUGGUUUGCCUGCCCACAUCUUUGGACAAGGUGCUGAGGAAGCUGCUCAGCAUCCUGGAGGACCGGCUGCUUCUCAAGGGCCGCAGAGCUGUCACGGAGGACACCUGCUUCCUGCCCCUGGCUGCAGGCAAGGCACUGUGCGAGAUCCUUCGGCAACCUGCCUGCCGACAGACGGUCGCAGCGCUCUUCCCCCAGCUCUACAUGGCGCUGCUCUUGCAGAUCUGCUUUGCUGCAGCCUUCCUACCCCAGGAGAGCAGCGCCUGCUGGAGGAAAUGCUGCCCAGGGGACCCAGCUUCUCCAGCCAGCCCUGGGAGGUCUGCGGUGCAGGCCAUGAAAGCCCUGCUCUGCUGCGCUGGAUACGAGGAGCAGGUCCUCACCAUCCAGAAGAGGGCCGGCUGGGACCUGCUUCUCAGAGCAGAGACACACCACAGUGGAGUCAGGAUGCUGGCCAGAGAGAUGAGGACAAACACAGCUCAGCAGCGUUCCUGCAUCUUCCGCCACGUGGAAUCCCUUCUCAGCAGAGGGGACAAACUGCAGGAAGUCCCGGCCAUGGCUUUCUUUGUGGAGCUGCUGAGCUGUGCAGAUCUUAAAGCUGUGGACUGCUGUGUCCUCUACCUGCUCCAGAGGUACCUGAGGCAUCAAGGUGUGGAGAUGCGCUCACUGGUGCUCAGAGGCCUCAUAACACUUUCCAAGAGACCAGAGAUGGCCAGAAAAAUGCAAGAGCUGCUGCCAGACCUCAUGGAGAUGCUGCAGGAUGCCAACACAGACAUCCGGAUGAAGGCCCUGGUUGUCUCCGGCAACGUGGUCCAGCAUAUGGACCGGGCAGCGGUGGGCCCCGUCGCUCUGCAGCUGGUGGAGAAGCUGGUGCCACUCUUUGAUGACGACUCCAGCCAGCUGCGAGAGCUCUCCAUCUGCCGCUUCAGAGAGCUGGUGGAGAUUGUGAUGGGGAAGACCAAGAAGCACAUGCAGCAGAAAGUGCAUCGGUGCCUGCUCCCGCUCUUCUUCCACAUGAAUGAUGAGAUCCAGAGUGUGGCCAAGGCCUCCCAGGAAGCCCUCAUCACCGCUGCCCAGUGCCUCAAGUGGGAACAGCUUAGGGACCUGAGCCAGACCGGGCAGACGUGGAGGAUUGGCAAGUGCUUGCUGGCAAGAGGCAGGAGUUAUGUGGAAGAAGACCUGCGCCAGAGCCUGCCCUAUUUGGAGGACUCUCAGGCAUCCUUACGAGAUGUGGCCGUGAGGUUCUUUGGGCUUGCCGGGCGGCACUUGAAGAGCCCAAGGGAGCAGAAGCUGCGGGACAUCUGCAGCGACCUUCGGCCCUUGCAGAACGACAUCGAGCCCUCCAUCCGGUCCCUGGCUACUCAGAACAUCAUCAUCCUGGGCACUCCACGGAAACAGCCAGCAUCAGGAUGGAAGCUGCCUUCCCUGCGCUGCUGGCUCCGGAGAGCAGGGGACAGGUGGAACUGGCCUCUGGGCAACAGCUCUCCUUGAGUAGAAGGAGGAGGACAAUCCCAGGCCUACGGUGCCCUUCCGCUGGUGACCACCUGAAUGUGUGGAGCAGU